AUGUGCCAACUAGCCUACGUCCUCUCCCCAUGGACCCAUUCCCACCACAGCCUCGCACGAGACCAAAGGCGUUCUCAAUGCUGCCACCUCGUCUGCAUCACCUACUGCUGCGCUGCUACUGCUGCCAUCGCCGCCGCUGCCCGACAGUCCGAAUCUCCCAACCAACAAGUCCCAAGAAGUCCUUCAGGGGCAAGUUUGUCAAGUUUCAGUUCGUUAAUUAACUACGACGACGACGACGACACCAACAGCAACAGCAACAGCAACAGCACCACCACCCCCCCUCUCUCACCUCUCCCCCGAGAAGAGACUCCCCCCCAAGAAAGUACCGCAAGAGGAAUGUGCAGCACAACCAUAACCUUCAACCGCACCACCACGCCCACCUUCAUACUCCACCACGUCCGCCAAGCCCACCAAUGUUCACGCUACAAUAAUGUGCAAAUCGAACGGCCACGCGACUGGUACUACUAUGGUUCCAUGUUGGCCUUUGCAGUGGAAACUUUGCCGAGGGCGAGGGAGGGGUAUACGCUUUCUUGGAGGUGGGUGAGCGAGCGGAUGAUGGGUUCGCAUCAUGAUGGGGGUACCUCUAGGACUGGGGAAAUAGAGAGACCCGAGGGAUAG